AUGAGUGACGAUGAUUUCCAGUGGCAGUUAGAAUUCACUGAACAACACCCGAUCAGUGGUUCGAAAAUUCGCCACCUAUGGAAAUGGUCGACUAAUCGCGACGAUCGUAUACAUUAUUCUCAAUUUGAUUUAGAAUGUAUUGAUUUAUUUCUGAGUGAUAUCGGAUAUGUGCUCAAUUUCUAUGCGCUCUCUCCCACAAUUCUAGUUUUGGUGGAUUACGCAGAAUUGACAGCUAACGUUAAACAAACCGCUAUUCUCCUUGACACGGACUUCUACACUGGUUCCCACUUCCUCGAACGUACUUACUGUGUGUCGACUACUGUUGCGUUCUUUUUCGUCCAGUGCGUAGUUGGUGAACAACAAUGUGUUAUCUUCGCUCCGCCUAACAACGCUAGACUAUUGAAUGGAGGGCAGUCAACGUUCUGUUGCCAUCUCCUUCCAAAACAGCCAUGGUCAGCUGCUUCUGAUCGCAAUAUCUCAAUGUUUGUGCACCGAGUAAGUUUUGGGCUUCACCCUACUGACACGCAGUGCAGCAACGCGCAGAUUUGCAAAUAG